AAUUGAACAAUUUUACUGUCAAGUGCGCGAGUGUCCACCGUCUUAGAGAAAGUACAAAUUAUACAGACAAGACAAAACGAAGCCUAUCGAAAUUCUAAUCUACUUACACAUCUAUGUUCAUUCGCACCAACGUGGGCAUUGUAAUGGUGAAAUGAAGAAGAAAAACCAGACAAACGAUCUGAAUCUGCAGCUGCCCUCACUCCCCUCUCUCCCCUUCCACCAUGUUCUCUAGCAUCAAAUCUACUCUCUCUCCUUUUUUCACCCUCUUCCUCCUCCUCCUCUCUUUGGAUCUCAUCGUUGCUUCUCAUCGACAGACAACAGGAUCAGAUAACCCAGAGCCAGAAUGCGCCGGACGCUGGGUCCACGUCAGGAAACUUCCUUCCCGCUUUAAUCUCGAUCUCCUCACCAACUGCUCCGAUUACCCACUCUACGACGAUUUCUGUCCCUACUUGGCCAAUCAUGGCCUCGGCCACAAGACCCACAACCGUUCCCGUAGCUGGUACCGCACCGACUCCUUCAUGCUCGAGCUCAUCUUCCACCGUCGCAUCCUUGAAUACCCUUGCCUCACCUCCGACCCUUCCACUGCCGACGCCAUCUUCCUCCCCUACUACGCCGGCAUCGAUGCCCUCCGCUACCUCUUCGUCCCCGAUAUCAAUUCCAGCGCCGAACACGGCCUCGAUCUCUUUCGAUUCCUUCAGAGUGAUUCGCCUCACGUGUGGCAAAGGCACGCCGGCCACGACCAUUUCUUGGUCAUGGCCCGUGCUGCCUGGGAUUUCUCUCGACCCUUGACCAACGAUCCCCCGAUUUGGGGGACUUCCUUCUUAGAAUUGCCUGAAUUCUACAACGUCACCGCGCUUACACUCGAAUCCCGGGCUUGGCCGUGGCAGGAACACGCCAUCCCCUACCCGACUUCAUUUCAUCCCCCAAAUCUCCAAUUGCUGGACUCCUGGAUUGCCCGCGUACGACGCGCUCGUCGCACCAUACUCAUGGUCUUCGCUGGUGGCGGUGGCACGUCUUCGACUCCCAAUAUUCGACGCAGCAUUCGAACCGAGUGCAGCAACAAAACCGGCAUCAGUACUAGCAGCAGCAGCAUCAUCAUUAAGCCAUGUGAAUUCAUAGAUUGUUCCAAUGGCGUUUGCGAGCACGACCCAAUUCGGUACAUGAGGACAAUGCUGCAAUCGAGCUUCUGCCUGCAGCCCCCUGGCGAUACGCCAACUCGGCGAUCGACCUUCGACGGGAUACUUGCCGGUUGCAUACCGGUGUUCUUCGAGGAACAGUCGGCCAAGGCACAAUUCGGGUGGCAUUUGCCCGAGGAGCAGUAUGGGGAAUUCUCGGUCUUCAUACUAAAAGAAGAGGUGGUGUUCAAGGGGCUGAGCAUCAUCGACGUGCUAACGGCGAUUCCCAAGGCCGAAGUCAGGAGGAUGAGGGAGAAAGUCAUUGAAUUGAUACCCAGGAUUAUGUACAGGAGGCAUGGAAGCUCCCUGGGAUUGAGGGCGAAGAAGGAUGCCUUCGAUCUUGCGGUGGAGGGUACCAUAAACAGGAUCAAGUCAAGGCUUACAGAAGACGGACUUGGAGUCAGAUGACCUCAAUUCUGUUUCCUUUUACUCAUUUGUUAUUGUUCCUAUUUAUUUUCCUUUUUCUUAUAAGCUACAACUUGAUUAUUAACACAGAGUAGAGAGAGAAUUAGCAAUUAUUAAUUCUUCUAAUUUAUAAUAAAAGUUGAACGUUUUUGCUCAUUGUUUCCUC